UAUACAAGCCAUGUGGGCCCAUUAAUCCUGAUACCUGCGAUCAAAGCUCUGUUGAGCAUCCUGGCUAUGGAAUAACUGAAGGCUGUUUCUGUCCUGAAGGAACAACACUACUGCGUGCAGAGAGCAACAUCUGUGUCCCUGAAUGUUCUUGCAGGGAACCAAAUGGAGUACUCAGAUGGCCAGGAGAAAAAUGGACAAAAGAUUGCCAGGAAUGUAUCUGUGACAAAAAUACUCUUAAGGUGCACUGUACAAAACACAAAUGUUCCCUGACACAGCAAGUCUUUUGUGAUGAGCCAGGUUACAUGCCUGUUCAGAUACAGAUACCAGAAGAUCCAUGCUGUACUAGGACUGAGUGCUACUGCAACACCAGCCUCUGCCCUGAGGUCACACCCCAGUGCUUAGAGGGACAAGAAAUAAUCACAAUAAUGCAGCCUGGAAAAUGCUGUCCUACCUUUGAAUGCAGACAUGGCUGUGUAGUCAAUGAAACUUACUAUGCGCCUGGAGCUUUCAUUCCAUCAGGCCCCUGUGAAGAAUGCACCUGCUCUGAAUCCUCUUACUUAAGGCCUCACCGUGCUACUGUCAAGUGUGAGCCUGUUAUCUGUGACACAUACUGCCCACUGGGUUAUAAGUAUACAGAGGAACCAGGACAGUGCUGCGGCACGUGCAAGGCAGAGGCUUGCGUGGUGACUGUGGGAGACAACAUUACUCAUGUGGUCUAUGAAGGAGAAUACUGGAACCCACCUGGUGAUAACUGUACAGUUUACACAUGUGAAAAACAUGCUGACCAGUUCAUUCAAGUCGUCAGACAGACAAGCUGCCCUGCCUUUAACCCUGAUGAGUGUGAUCCAAAUGACAUCAAGUUAUCUGACGACGGUUGCUGUGUAGAGUGCCGAAGAAUACCGAAACUUUGUAUGAAGCACAAUACUACAGCUGUCAUCAAAUAUAACGGAUGUGUAUCUCCUACACCUGUUGAGAUGACAUACUGUGAAGGCAGCUGUGAUGCUUACUCACGAUAUUCUCAAAAGACAAACACAAUGGAACACAAAUGCUCGUGUUGUCAGGAAAUCAAGACCAGCCAAAGAAAGGUGACUCUGACAUGCAGUGACGGAACCUACCUGGAUCACUCAUACACCUAUGUGGAGAAAUGCAGCUGUGUGACUGCUCAGUGCAUUCCCCAAGACGGCAGCCAACAGCAGACAAGCCAGAUAAAGACCUCUCAGGAACAGGCUAAUGUCAAAAAUUAGAACUGCAGAGAAGUCACCAAACAAGGGCUGGACAUAAGACUAAAAUAAAAAAACUUUGAAAAAAUACGAAAGUGUCAAGAGCAGCUAAAAUUUUGGAUGAACAGAUGAUACUUUCUGCAUAAAGCCCAAUGUCUUGUCCACAUAAAUUUCGGUUUUCAUUAUCAAUAUAUCUCCCAUUUUUGCUUUCAUGUCUCUUACCUCCUUGAGAAGUACAGCAUAAGGUCAUCUUGUCAUUUUCUGUUCAUUUGUCUUCUGAGAAGUGCUGUAACAUAAGAUUGAGAGACGGAUUUUUAAUAACAUUUUCAUUCCAGUUCACUGAGACAAAUCAAAAGAUAAAUCCAGAAAACAAACAAAAAACAAGGAAAACUGUACCUCUUUACUACUAUAUGUUUCCUUUUGCAUUGAGGAGAACUUAGACUGCAGAAAGCCAUACUUUUUUCAAAACUGUAAAUGUCCAUAUUUUGGACAAUUUAUGAUGGACAUAUUUCCCUAUAUAUUUUUUUGUGAGAAAAAGGAAAAAUCCUAAUAUGAGAAGCUGCUGCACACUACUUUUUGUUUACAUAAUACCAUCAGCAUAGUAACUGUAUGAAAAUAUGGAUUUUUUUGUUUUGUUUGUGGUUAACUGUUUACAGAAGAAGUAUAUAUAUAUAUUUGCCAACAGGGGCAUAUGAAGGAUUUUUUUUUAAAACAGAAGUUUAAUAAUAAUAAUAAUAAUAAUAAAAAUAAUAAUAAUAAUAAUAAUUGUAAAUUCUUAGGAAGCUUGUAAAAGUUGAACUAUUGCUAUUUAUUAUUUUUUUAAAUUGAUUUAUUGGGUCAUUUCUUUCAGAAAUAAUGUUAUCCCAUUUCUUAGUCUCAGUCAUGUUGUCUGGGUAUGGUAUAUUUUCUUCUUUUAUUUUGUUUUUGAAUAUUUUAUUUUUGUUCUUUAUGGGGGGGAAAAAAGCAAUGAUUAUUAAUAAAU